UGUAGCAUAUCACGGAGCGUUUGGUUGCCGACUAACACUUUGUCUUUUCUGUUUUAGAACCACUGGCGCACAAAUUCCGAAGCGACCAUUUAAGGCAACAGAAGAUCGAGGAUUGCACGGACAACUAGUGUUGUUUGACCCACCCCUCCUUCCCUCGGUUUCCCCUGACGUGACCUUGACCGUAACCUGACGACUCGUUCUUCUCUCGCGCGAAACUGUUCCCCGUUCUUCCUGGGUGUGAGGACGCUUGUUCCCUCUGUCUUUGUUGCUGUUGUUUCUUUCGUAAUCGCUCAUUCAUCCCACCAACACUGUGGAAUAAAACUCCUACUGGUUAUUGCUUCUUCUUUGUGCGUGAACUCACCUUUGCCUCGACGCCUAUUACAUAUUUGGCGACCCUGCCAGGAUCGGCAACAAGAAUUACCGCUUUCCUUGUAAAAUGAAAAUCAUGCCGAAAACUGAGGUCGAGAGCAAAGUUUCGGAUGAUACCGAAUCUACAGUCAGCGAGUCCACUGUGUUUGGACGAAUGGUGUCGGCUCUCUUGGGGUUGUUAAACUCAGUUAUUUAUCGUGGUCAAGUUCGGGUACAAGCUCCACCCCAGCCGUUCCCUCCCGAGAAGUUUUGUAUUGGGGAUGAUUAUGAACAAUGGGAACGACAAGCCCGAUGGUACGUUGACAGGUUCCCCGAAAAUGAAAGGGCCGCUGCACUUUCUAGCCUCCUGAGCAACGAUGCCUAUCAUAUUGCAGCUUCGAAAGAUAUUAUUGGAGAUGUGGUGAACGGAACAACGUUUGCCCAGUUGAAGGAAGCCCUGCAACCGUCCCUACAUGAGUGGGAAUACGGUCGACAGUUCCACGCUCGUGUUCAACGACACGGGGAACAGUUCACCAUAUUUGUCGCUGCGCUGCGGAAACUUGCCAUAUUGGCUUACCCACAUGCCGACAAGGCCAGUCGUGAGGAGAAGAUCUUUCUCCAGGCUCUUCAAGGCACGACUAACAUUGACAUCAAGAAGGAUUUCCUGGAGAAGCCACCUGCCACUUUGCAAGAAGCUGUGGACUCCGCCACUCGUCGGGAGAAAAUCUUGGCUGUGAUCGCUCGGGAGGAACCACGGCGAGUAUCGGAUUACACUGAAUUGGUAUCGGUUGUUCGGCCUCGUGAGCAACAACGGAGAGGUCAACGCAAUUUUUCUGACCAUCGGUCCACCCAGUGGAAUAACGUUCCUCGCUUUACCAAGGAAUCGCCUGUAGGACCUCAAAUGGAUUGCCCCUAUUGCCGCAGAUUCGGAAGAUUUGCCUACAGUUGCGGACAUAACCGACGGGGUGAGUCUCAGUGUUUGUUUAAGGUUCCUGCCGUUACGUUCGCCAAUGCCAUCUCAGCUCCUGUUGUGUCAGGUUUUGUGUGGUCUAAGCGUGUUGGUAUGCUAAUUGACACUGGGGCUACAUGUUCUCUGGUCCAUAUACGUGUCGUACCGAGAGGAGUCUCUGUACAUACCGACAGAUCUGUCAGUCUGAUAGCAGCCAAUGGUUCUUCUAUCAAUCCAGUAGGCUGGAUUACUGCUACUGUAUCGCUGGGCGGCAUUUCUACCAGUCACCGCUUGCUCAUAGUUGGUACACUACCAUGGGAUGUGAUACUUGGGGUUGACUUCCUUUUUGAGCACGAUGCGAGAAUCGACCUCGUCAACAAAACACUCGAAAUCGGUAAGCAAAUAAUGUCAUUUGAUUCGACUAUUGCUUGCAAGUCAUCAUGUAUGGUAGAAGACACACCCGUGCAGAAACUUAUUCGUAAUGUUCCUCCGGACAUCCCAUCCUCAGCCCUCGAUAAAUUAAAGGAAAUUUUGAACACGUAUCAGCAUGCUUUUGCGUGGACAGAGGGCGAUCUCGGUCGGUGCAGUUUCAUGCGACACCGCAUUGAUACGGGCAAUGCACCACCGAUUCGCCAAGCGGCCAGGCGUGUGCCAGUGCAUUUUCAGGAGGAAUUGAAAUGUAUGAUCGAAGAUAUGCUUAGACAGGACAUAAUCCGACCGUCCAAUUCCCCGUGGGCUUCUCCCAUAGUUUUGGUGAAGAAAAAGAGUGGUGACUUACGUCUGUGUGUCGACUACCGGAAAUUAAACGCAAUCACACGAAAAGAUUCGUUCCCACUGCCCCGAAUAGACGACACCAUGGAUGCUCUUGCAGGUUCGCACUGGUUCACUACGUUAGAUUUAGCUUCUGGUUAUUGGCAAGUGGAAUUACAUCCUGACGAUCGAUGUAAAUCAGCAUUUGUUGUUCCAUCUGGUUUAUAUGAGUUCCAGACGAUGCCCUUCGGGCUCACGAACGCCCCAGCUACGUUCCAGCGACUGAUGCACACAGCAUUGUCAGGAAUGAUACCCGAGUCUUGUCUAGUUUACCUGGAUGACAUCAUUGUCCACGGAAGGACGGUAGCUGAGCACAAUCACAAUCUGAGUUUAGUGUUGAAUCGCCUGAUACAAUUGGGAUUAAAACUCAAACCCUCUAAAUGUCAAUUUCUAAAAAAUGAAGUAGCUUAUUUAGGCCACAUCGUUUCUGGUAAUGGAGUACGCUGCGAUCCAGAAAAAGUUGAGCGUGUCCGUUCGUGGCCCAUCCCAAAGAAUACCGAUGAAGUACGCAGCUUUCUUGGGCUCGCUUCUUAUUAUCGGCGCUUUGUAAAGCACUUUGCUACUAUUGCCACUCCGUUGAACGAAAUCCUGAAAGCAAACCAAGCGUUCACAUGGGGCGAAGCUCAGCAAAAAGCAUUUGAAUGUCUUCGAAAUUCGUUGUGUGAAGCACCGGUACUGGCGUUUCCGGAUACGCGUCUAUCUGCGGGACCCUUUAUAUUAGACACAGAUGCCAGCAACACAGGCAUCGGAGCUGUACUUUCGCAGCGGACACCAGAUGGAAAGGAACCAGUGAUUGCCUAUGCGAGCCGAAGUCUUUCACAACGUGAACGCAAUUAUUGUGCAACACGUAAGGAAAUGCUUGCUUUGAUAUUUUUUAUCAAACAAUUCCGCCAUUACCUUCUUGGCCGUAAGUUCAUCGUGCGCACCGAUCAUCAAUCAUUGGUUUGGCUGCAAAAUUUCCGAGACCCCGAAGGCCAGAUUGCUCGGUGGCAAGAACAGUUACAGGAAUACGAUUUUGAGUGCCAUCAUCGGCCGGGGAUAAAGCACGGGAACGCUGACGCUUUAUCACGAAGACCUAACAGAAAUCAUGGGUCAUGUCCGUCGUGCACAGCUGCGUGUGUGUCCGCCGUUAUUUUCGAUGAAUCCGAGACCGAGGAAUGGGUCCGUAUGCAGUCGACCGACCCAGAAUUGAGCAUCCUGUACAGUCGCAUCGUUCAAAACGGGGACCGACCAACACAACAAGAACUGGCUGGCGCCAGUUGGGAAACGAAAUGCCUGUGGUCGCUAUGGCCUCAUUUACGAGUAAUAAAUGGCAUCAUGUAUUUUCAAAACGGACCCAGUUAUUUACGCAGAAUAAUCGUUCCAACAGUCGCGACCCAGGAAGUUAUGAGACGCAUACACGAGGAAUUAGGUCACGCAGGACAAAACAAAAUGGAGGCUGCAAUCCGACGUCGUUUUUGGUGGCCUCAUUUGCGACGUGAUAUCGCCAUUUACUGCCAAGCAUGCCCUGACUGUGCAAGAAUCAAGAACCCUACAAAUCCCCGUCGUGGUCCGCUUCAGCCGAUGACAGCUGGGUUUCCUAACGAGAUAGUGGGCAUUGACAUUAUCGGCCCCUUACCAGAAACAGCACGAGGCCAUCGCCAUGUCUUGGUUAUGGUUGAUUACUUUACAAAGUGGUGCGAAGUCGUACCGCUGCGUAAUGUGGACGCGUGGAGUAUAGCGAAGGCUUUUUUAGCGACUGGGUGGCAAGGUGGGGAGCACCUUACCAGUUACAUUCGGACCGAGGAGCAAAUUUUGAGAGUGUACUGAUGAGGGAAAUGUGUCACAUAUUUGGAAUUCGCAAGACGCGCACGACGGCGUAUCACCCGGAAGGGAACGGUUUAGUUGAGCGCACCAACCGUACGUUGAAGAUGCUGCUAAAGUCAUUUUUGAAUGAGGAGACGCCCCGAGAAUGGGACACGAAUUUACCCAAAUGUAUGUUGGCGUAUCGCGCCUCUGUCCAUUCCGCCACGGGUCAGACACCACACCUCAUGAUGACGGGGCGCGAACUACGACUACCUUCAGAUACGUUGUUGCCAACCUCUUAUCACGAACCUCUAAUUGCGACCGACCAUAUACUUCGGAUGCAGUCUAGCCUGGUUCGCGUACAUCAGUUGGCACAGUCUCAUUUAAAAACGGCGCAGCGUUAUCAAAAGGCGUACUUCGACAGAAAGGCUUUUGGGAGUCCGUUCAAGCCUGGUGAUGCGGUCUGGCUGAAGGCUUUGGCGACACCAGCAGGCGUCCCGGCCAAGUUCCGCCGCGGCUGGGAGGGGCCAUAUGUGGUGGAGGACGUAUUAUCGGAUAUAACGUAUAGAAUCAUGAAACCCGGUGCGCCUGCCUCAUCUACCGUCGUACAUUUCAACCGGCUAAAACCGGCGGAGAAAUCCAUGGCGCUGAGGACAGCGCCUGACGAUGAGGGGGAAUAAUGUAGCAUAUCACGGAGCGUUUGGUUGCCGACUAACACUUUGUCUUUUUCUGUUUUAGAACCACUGGCGCACAAAUUCCGAAGCGACCAUUUAAGGCAACAGAAGAUCGAGGAUUGCACGGACAACUAGUGUUGUUUGACCCACCCCUCCUUCCCUCGGUUUCCCCUGACGUGACCUUGACCGUAACCUGACGACUCGUUCUUCUCUCGCGCGAAACUGUUCCCCGUUCUUCCUGGGUGUGAGGACGCUUGUUCCCUCUGUCUUUGUUGCUGUUGUUUCUUUCGUAAUCGCUCAUUGAUCCCACCAACACUGUGGAAUAAAACUCCUACUGGUUAUU